CGCUAGUCGCACAGCAUUCGUAUUUUAAUUUUCACACGCAACGAACGGUGGCAGAAAUAACGGUUGAACAAUGGCGAAGAGUGUCGGUAGUGCGUGCGCGCAAAUUGCGAUCCUUUUGGCCGUCAUUUGCAGUGCAUCGGAAUUCGUGUCGGCCGUGUUGCAUCAGGAGACGUACGAGAUCGUGGACUCAAAUCUACCGAACAUUGCCGCAUACGGAGUGGUGCCACUGAGCGCGGAUCAGCUGCACCGUCAAAGGCGAGCAGUGGUGGUGCCGCCACCGGUGCCAUCGGUGACCACCUACAGAGGCGCCGUGUCUGCCAAUGCCAGUGCGGAAGCUGGAGGAGCCGGAGGAGCUGGUGGUGUGGCCGCAGAGACCACGGUGACCACCGUGGACAACAAGGCGGCUGGCGGUAGUGUGUCCUACAACGUGCACAAUGUCGGAGUCAACGGCACCGGACAGCGGAAGACAUACGAUGUGGCGCCGGCCACAUCGGACUCCAAUACCACGAGCCAAAGUGCGGCGGCGGCUAACAAGAAGCCCACACUGUUCGCACAGUCGGGCUAUCCAAAGAAGGUGGCAUCAACCAUGACGGAUCCCUCGCCGGCGGUCAUCGAUGUGGACGUGUCCAAAGUGGACGUGCCCGAGGAGGACAUCGAGGCGGCGGUGAAGAAUGCGUCGCUGAAUGAGACCGUGGACUUUCACGACUACUACAACAGUGUGCUCUAUGUUAACAAGGAGGAGGUUUCUUCAUUGUGGAACGAACUGAAAAAGACGCCCGUGAACACCAUGCUCUCCUCGUCCCACCGCAGGGCCAUGACGGUGGAGCUCAAGUUUGACUUUCCCUUCUACGGACACAAUGUGCGCAACAUUACGGUGGCCACCGGCGGAUUCCUCUACACCGGCGAGUACGUUCACUCCUGGCUGGCGGCCACCCAGUACAUUGCCCCACUGAUGGCCAACUUCGAUACGAGCAUGUCCAACGAUUCGUUUGUCCGAUUGCACGACAAUGGAACCGCCUUCACCGCCGUGUGGGAAAAUGUGACGCUGCAGGACAAGCCGGAGUUCGGCAAGUUUACGUUCAGCGUGACCCUGCACCAGAGCGGCGACAUUGUUUUCACAUACCUGCUGGUGCCCACGCACAUCAAGUCCAUUCAGGACAAGGAGCAUCCGGUCAAGGUUGGCCUCUCCGACGCCUACAUUAUCGACAAGCAACUAUACUUUGCUCGCCGAAAGACAAUCUACGAGUACCACCGUGUCUCCUUCCAGCAGCAGGAGAUCACCAGCAACACCAUCGUCAGGCUGGCGGCACAGCCCACCUGCCUCGGCUACAAUGACUGCAAUUCGUGCAUCAACCACAACACAACGUUUACGUGCCUAUGGUGCCCGGCGCUGAAUCGCUGCUCCACGGGUACCGACCGCAAGAAGCACGAGUGGGUCCAAGAGGGAUGUGACACCACCGCCAUUCAUACCAAUAGUUCGUGCCCGGCCCUCGGCGAUAAGGGUAACAAUGCUGCCGCCCAAGGAAAGAGCGGUUCAGCGAACACUGGCGCCAGCAAUGGUGCGACAGAUCCCUCAACGGCAUCCACCGGCUCAUCCACGCCGGUCACGGAGCCCAGCGUGAUUAGCACGAGGGCACCACAUGCCACGGCAUACAUAAAGACGGGGGUGGAGAUCUCCAGUGAUGUCCACAGGGACGGAAAGGUCGGCAACGCCGAUCUAUCGAAGGCGGAACCGGACAACAAGAAUGUUGGCGUUGCCUUUGGCUUCAUGGUGCCCAUCUGUCUGGUGUUCGCCGUGACGCUGUGGCUCUUCUACGCGUACCGCAAUCCGCACACCAAGAGCGGCCAGCUGCUCAUCCAGUCCAAGCAGUUCCGUCCCAGCCAGUGGUCAUGGAGGCGUGGCGAAGCCCGCUACACGGCGGCCACGAUACACAUGUAGGCGGUGAUCGCCGGAGGCGUAGAGGAGGGGUACAGAGAUCGCGAGACGUGGGAGGGAGCUGAGGCUAUACCGACGAUGAAUCAACCAACCAACCAAACGAAUCCUGAUCCCUUAAGAAAGCAGUAUCGUGAACGCGGGGGCACUGAGAACUGAGAAGCAAUCGCCAUCAAAUACGAUUAUUUUACAACAUGGACAUGGAUCGACCUAACGAGCACCGAGUACCGAGCGCCAGGUGCAAUCCUAUAUUUUAAAAAGACAUUUGAAACCCGUCUGCAAUUGUGAUGUUCCAUGUCCACAAUGACGAACAAAAGACCAUUUUUUCGAACUGAUUGUUGAGAUUUAGCUCAGAAUGCUGCCGAAACCAACAAAAAAAAAAAACACAAAACAAAAAGAAGAAACAAAAAACAAAAUAAAAGCAAUCUAUAAGUGUAAAGUUAAACCAAGACCUGAGUUCUUGACUCCCAGUCCCGCGGAACCAGCUGCUCAAUGAAUAGGAGAAAAGUAAAGAAAAGUAAAGGAAACAACAAAAGACGACUGGCAACAGCAUGAAGUGAUCUGUUAAUGUAUCUUUUUGCCUUUUUACCGUACCGUCUGCCCCAUUAGACAAAAAAGCUAAAAAAAAAAGAGAGAGAAAAUUCUAUGUUAUAAUAAAUACCCCCGAAGACAA